CUGAGCCAGUGGCAUGCUUAUAUUAGUUUAAAGUAUUGAAAGUUGCCGGUAUGCUGCGUGUGGAAGAAACGAAAACUACGGUAACUAAUUUUAUUUUCUGAACACUGCCACGAUGCAAGAGCGAACAUCUCCUGUGGGAAAUGAAGUAAACUUUGCUAGCAAUUGCAUAAAUAGAGGAAAAACCAGCCCUCUAUCCAGAGUUGAUUUUACUGAACAACCGCCAAAGACUGUCCGAAAAAGCAACUUUUUUUCGUUUGUCUUAAAACUGUUCGACUCACGGAAUCAGCCGAUAGUGGUGGACUACGCUAAAUUUAGCGAUUUUAUCGAACAGGACCAGAAAAAGUGUAAUGGAAUUUGUUAUUUCCUAAUUUUGACGUGUAAUGCAGGCUUGAAAUAUGAACAAUUUUUGGACAUUCGUUUGGUUGAUUCAAAUUCAAAGGAGAUAAUCCAAUAUGAGGGUCAAGACAAAAACCCUCAUAUGAGAAAAGUGCUUAUCACUCAUGAAGUUAAUUGCAGCCGCUGCAAUGAAAACAAGUCAUGUGGUAACAGAAAUGAAACUCCUUGUGAUCCUACCAUUGACAGAAGCAAAUUUGGUGAACUCAAAUUUUUUAUGAAAUGCAACCAAAACUGCUUAAAACAAGCAGGAAAUCCUCGAGGAAUGAGAAGGUUCCAAGUGAUGGUCUCUAUUGGAAAUUUUGUUCUUGGCUAUUCUGAGAAUGUGUUUGUUCACAACAAUUCCAAACAUUCUCGGGGAAACAAAGUUAGACACUUGGUAAAAGACAUAAAACUUGAUGCAUAUCCAAUGAUUAAGGCUAUAUGUCCAUGUGAAGGAUUGACUUUAGGUGGAACUAGUGUUCUUGUCAUUGGUGAUAAUUUCUUUGAGGGACUUCAAGUUCUAUUUGGUCCUGCAGCUGCUUGGAUUGAGAUGAUAAGUCCCACCAUGAUAAAUGUCCUGGCUCCACCCAAUUUUACUCCAGGUUCAGUGGAUGUAACCUUAUCGUAUCUCGCCUCACGCUUCUGUACCCAAGCUCCAGGAAAGUUUAUGUAUUUAGCUGAACCAACUUUGGAUUUUCAAUUGAACAGAUUGCAAAAACUUACAAAACAUGUGGGUGAUCCAGAAAAUUUAUCUAAGGAAAUAAUAUUGAGAAGAGCAGCAGACGUUUUAGAAAAUAUAUACAAACCAUUGCCGAAUACACCAAGUAGUGGAUACAUUGUGGACGGUACAACGUUGCCCAAUGCAAGUGUUCAUUCUUUGCCCAGCGUUGCUACACUGGCUCAAGCAAGAAAUCCAGGAUCAAUGCAAGAUCCCAAAUGCCCGCUGUUGCACUAAACCGUACAACUCCAGAUAUGUUAGACUGUAGAACGACAACUUUGUUACAAACAAGUUUGCCCAUGAUGAUUUUACCCAAUGGUUUCUCGACUGACCCCCUAAAAAAUUUACCGGCAAUGAGCCAUAAUGGUGAGCCAUCCUACUAUAAUUUACUGCCACGUGGAAAGAGGAAGCUUGAUGACCUGCCAACCUUGUCAUUCCCAAUAAAGAAAGGCUGCAUGGCACAUAAGCAUGUCACCAGCAGUCAAAAUAAAGAAAGUCGUGUAAUGUUUGUUUAUUCCUCAAAGGACAAUUAUUUAUUGGUUUUAAAUUGUUGAGUUAUUGUUUAUGAUUGUGUUUAAUUUAUCAUUUUGUUUGUUAUAUUAUCAAAGAAAAUUGAAAAAUCAAAAUAUAUUUCGUUGAUAUUUGUUUGAUUCCGAAA